UGACCAGUAGGAGGCGCCCAAACACACUCGUCUGUGUUUAUUAUCACGCUUGAGAAAGAUGGCCGAGGUUGACAAUGAUGGGGAGCGGAAAACAACAGACAAAGAUGACUUGCACGUGUUAAAGGAGCUGGUAGAUGAUCUUUACUCCUUUAGGGACUGUUACUUUGAGACGCACAGUGUUGAAGAUGCUGGUAGGAAACAGAAUGAUGUUGCUCAAGAGAUGGCGAAGACACUUAAGAGGCUGGAGGAAAAAGAAGACGUGUACAAACACAGUGCCCAGUUCCUGCUGCUAUGGGGUCGGUGUCUGAAUGUUACUCCAGGGUUUAGUCAGACUGCAGAGGAGUGUCUGUCCCGGGCGGUUAAACUGGAACCAGGUUUGGUUGAGGGCUGGAACACACUGGGAGAGCAGUACUGGAAGAAAAGAGACCUGACAGCGGCCGAGACCUGUUUCACAGGUGCACUACAGCAGAGUAAGAAUAAAGUGUCUCUGAGAAGCCUGUCUAUGGUGCUGCGACAGCUGCCACCGCAAGAGGACACUCGGGGGCAGAGCAAACGCAUUGUGGAGAGUGUGGAGCUGGCCAGGCAAGCUGUGCAACUCGACGUCACUGAUGGGACUUCGUGGUAUAUUUUAGGGAACGCAUAUAUCUCCAUGUUUUUCACCAGUGGACAAAACCCACAGCUCUCUCAACAAGCCCUCAGUGCCUAUGCACAGGCUGAGAAAAUCGACAAAGCAUCCUCAAUGAAUCCUGACCUCCACUUCAACAGAGCUACGUUGUACCAGUAUGAAGAGAUGUACAGUUCAGCUCUGGAUGGAUUCAGCCGUGCUGCAGCUCUGGAUCCUGCCUGGGAAGAUGCUCGGGAGAGAGAAAAACAGCUGCUGAAUUACCUAGACCAGCUUACAGUGUUAAAAGAGAAUAAGGGGAAAGUAAAAUCUCGGCGUCUUCGUCACAUGCUCUCCUCCCUCAGCUCCUCCACUUUGGGCCCAUGCUCCUCCCCUCAGUUCCGGUCUCCCUCAGGCCGCGUGGGGAGCCUUGAACCCCGCAGCUUAUCUGCUCUCACUCACGGCCACAACGGCGGGGUGGCAGCACUAGGAAAAGUGGUCUUCAGUCUGGCCUCAGAGGGCCGUAUGGCCUUCACAUUUGGCAUGGUGGACAGUGAAGAGACCUGUUGUGUAGUAAUGGUGUAUAAUACAGCAGACAGCUGGGGUGUUUUAAUAGGGGAUACUGUAGUCAUUCCUGAACCACAGGUUAAACGGCACAGCGUAACGCACAAAGAUAAGUCAUAUGACUUCCGAAGUAUACGUGUGGACUCUCCCUUGCUACUUAUAGUCAAUGGGAAAAGACAGGUGAUGAAAAGCCAAAGUGCAGCCUUCGUUACUUACAAACCUCAAAGUGAAUGAAAACUCUAGAGAGGACACACGGUGAGAGCAUUGAGAGCAAUGAGGGUAGUGUUUUUCCAGUUUGUAUAUAUUUAGUUCUGUUCCUGUUUCUGUGGACGGGAAAACUCUGUACAUAUAUAUAUUUUUUCCUCUUGUUGAUGGGCAUCAUUGUUAAGAUUGUACUGUGGUCUGUUUCAUAUUUGGGUUGUGAAAAUAAAAAAAUGAAAUCCCA